UGAUUAAUUGUCAGAUUCAACAGAAGAUCUCUUUGUUUCUUGGGACCUAGAACUAGCAUCUCUGUUUUGUCCGAGUUUAAAAGUAGAAUACGCUUUUUGUGCAUAUGGAAAAUGUCUGGGAUCUUUUUUUUCAGCUCAUGAAAAAUGGGACCAACACUUUACAUGUUGCGAUUAUAUUUUUGUUCAGUGUAAUUUAUCAAUAUGGUCCAUAUGACAUUUUAGCUAUUGUAAUUAGCUGGGACGUCUGAAAGGGGUCUCACAUUUCAUCACAGCUACAGUAGCAAUAUCGAUACAACAACCUCCAUAUGUUGUUUGCCUUGAAAAUGUUCAAACAUGGGUUUGAAUGUGGAUUGUGGAGAAACUGGGGCAUCAUCUGGUUCACGUUUGUCGUCAUGCGCACCGCGGCAUCACACCAGCGGUUUCCCCUCCAUCGUCCUCCUGUAGAAUUCCGGGUCGGGAACACCCCUCCCCCCGCUUGCCCCCAACAAACCGAUGAGCGCAAGCCAAGGACACCAACAACAUAUCCAGGGCAACGAGGAAACAAUUACGAAUAAAGGUUAUACUUGUAACUACUCUCAGGGGAUGGUGGGUUCCGGCUAUGCAAACGGACACCCAUUGAUACAAAGUAUCACAUGUACACUAUGGCUGUCUACCUUUCUCUGCCAUGAGUGUGAAAUAUGUAUCAGUUUCACGCAGUUUCCUGCAUAAUGCAUGUCACUUGUGCAACGCCAAUUUGUUUUACAUUCAAUGACUAUUCGCUCCGUGGAAGAAGGCUACCGAAAUAUAUGCGUUUUGUUAACGUCGAGUUAGAGCUGAUGCUAAGGCUAAUUAGGCUACAUGUUGCUAUAGGCUAUGUAUAGGCUACCUUGCUGAGUCCACUCGUCUCUGUAGCGCCCCCCUACAUUCUACAGCUCUAAAACUUUCCUGUCUCAAAUAUUUCCUCCCUGUUUUUUUACUUCCUGUUUUCUACGGGAGUCACAUAGCCCAAGCUCCUUUCAUUUCAACUUCUCCCCUCUUCUGUAUGUUCACCCUUUUCUUUUUAUUUAUUCGCGCUACAUUGUUUCUCACAAGUCUGUCUAACAGGCGCCCAGAAUCUUCUCUCUUUGCGUAAGUCUAAGACUUGGAAAUGCAGAACUCGUUCAACUUCGGUCCCGAUGGAUUUUACAUAUUGUUUUGAUGUCCUUUUUCUAAAACACUUUUUUUCUAAUGUUUUUUGUUCGUAAUGUCACUCUGGAAGUAGUUGCCCAACCAAAGGCCCUUUUCUACAAAGUAACAUGUCGGCAGCUAGCUCAUUAGCUAUGUGGCAGCUACUCUGGAGCUGACAUAUCUAGCUAAUUUGCACAUUUUAUACGCUUCAACUACGGUUGUAGUUCCUUUUUGCGCGUUCAUUUAUUCCUCCCUGGAGGUUAUAAUGGCCCAAUUCCAGCGUCCGACACUGUGUUGCUGCCGCAAAGUGCUCACAGUGCCUAGCAAGUCGUGUGAGGGCGGCCAAGGUCUGGGUCAGUGUCGCCUUGUCGACAUCGCAUCUGCCUCCAACUUCCACUGCUUCAAGCUUCGCCACUUUCAUCUCGACCUCCGCCUCAACUUUGCCGUAAAGGAGAUCACUGGGUGGCAAGUCCUGGAACUUGUGGCUAUCCAACCAGGAGUGCAGACUUUGGUUUUGGACACUCACCCAUCCUUGCUAAUUCAUUCCAUAGACUGCAAGGUGCCUGGCACCACCGGUGCCCAGAACAUUUCCCCGUCGCUCACCUACCGGGUAGACCCAUUCACGGACUAUGGAUCUUCGCUGAAUAUCAGCCUCCCAGCCUAUGUGAUACGGCCGCAUCGGGCUUUCCAGAUCACGGUUCGCUACACAACGACAGACGGUCCUGCGAUCUGGUGGCUGGACGCAGAGCUGACGUGUGGUCAGACUCGCCCGCUCGUCUUCACUCAGGGCCACUCUGUCUGCAACCGAUCCUUCUUCCCCUGCUUCGACACCCCCGCUGUCAAGAGUACCUACACCGCUACUGUCAGAGUCCCGGAAGGUGUGACGGUGUUGAUGAGUGCCUCCCGUAGUGCCUACUCCAAGCAGGACAGAGUGUUCCAGUUCUCCAUGGAGUACCCCGUCCCAGCCUACCUGGUGGCACUGGUGGCAGGAGACCUGCAGCACGUCGACAUCGGCCCCAGGAGCCGGGUGUGGGCAGAGCCGUGUAUACUGACCUGUGCUGUGAGCAAGCUAGGGGGUAGUGUGGAGCGUUGGCUGAAUGUGGCCGAGGACCUCUUCGGACCCUAUGUGUGGGGAAGGUACGACAUAGUGUUCCUGCCUCCGUCGUUCCCCAUCGUGGCCAUGGAGAACCCCUGCCUCACCUUCAUCAUCUCCUCCAUCCUGGAGAGCCGGGAGUUCCUGCUGAUCGACGUCAUCCACGAGAUUGCCCAUGGCUGGUUCGGCAACGCGGUCACCAACGCCACCUGGGAAGAGAUGUGGCUGAGCGAGGGACUGGCCACCUACGCACAGAGACGCAUCACUACCGAGGCCUACGGUGAGGCCUUCACCUGUCUGGAGACGGUGUUCCGUCUAGACGCCCUGCACAGACAGAUGCGUCUCCUAGGAGACAACAACCCUGUCAGCAAGCUGCAGGUCAAAUUUGAGCCAGGUAUUAAUCCCAGUAGUCUGAUGAACUUGUUCACUUAUGAGAAAGGCUUUUGCUUCGUCUCGUACCUCUCUCAACUCUGUGGCAAUGUCAAGCGCUUCGACAGCUUCCUGAGGGCCUACAUAGAGCAGUUUAAGUUCAGCAGUGUUGUGGCCCAGGACCUGCUCGAUUUCUUCUUGGGCUUCUUCCCGGAGCUGAAGGAGAGCUGUGUGGCCCAGAGAGAGGGGUUGGAAUUUGAGCGGUGGCUGAACGGUUGUGGCCCCCCUCUGUGCGAACCGGACCUCUCGGCCGGGGGGGUUCUGACCGGUCCCGUCCAGAGUCUGUGUGACCUGUGGGCCAGCGAACCCCCGGACCCUGAGGCCAUCGCAAACUUUAACCUCUCCUCUUGGAGCACCUUCCAGACCGUUCUCUUCCUGGACAGACUGUUGGACCGCUCGCCCCUCUCACACGAGGUUAUGGGUCAGUUGUCACGCUGCUACUCGGCCCAGCUGGAUGAGAUGAACGCUGAGGUGCGGAUCCGCUGGCUGCAGAUUGUGGUGCGGAACAGCUUCUACCCGGACCUGCCCCGCAUCCGCGGCUUCCUGCACAAACACACGUCGAGGAUGUACACGGUCCCGUUGUACGAGGACCUUUGUUCCGGGGUGAUGAAGUGCUUUGCAGCUGAGGUGUUCUACCAGACACAGGCCCGCCUCCACCCCAACCUCCGACGGACACUCCAGCAGAUCCUGUUCCAGACCAGUGCCUUACCCACUCCCACAAGCUCUGUCCCCUCCCUACUACACCCCACCCCCUCUUCACCCAGCCCCACCCCCAGUGACCAACUGGGGCCCGCCGACCCCCCCACAACUGGUACUAUCGCACUACGUGACGUCAACGUGUCCGCCUGAGCGGCCGGUAGAAGAGAAGAGAGACAUACAUGCACUGUGAGAGAGACAGAGAGAGAAGGGGGUGGCAUGUUGAAAAGGUGAAGAACUGUAAGACUUGAAAUGACUGCAGUUUCAGCCAAACAUCAUCUGUGCUUGACUGAGACUGACAGUGAGUGACAAAAGACCACCGGGUUCAUACACAUGCACACACAGUUACACACAUAUGCACACUGUGUGUGUACAGUGCAUUCGGAAAGUAUUCAGACACCUUGACUUUUUCCACCUUUUGUUACGUUACAGCCUUAUUCUAAAAUGUAUUCAAUCGUUUUUUUCUCUCAUCUAUCUACACACAAUACCUCAAUGACAAAGCAAAAACUGUUUUUUUUAGACAUUUUUGCAAAUGUAUUAAAAAUAUGAAAACAUAACUAUUCAGACCCUUUAUUCAGUACUUUGUUGAAGCACCGUUGACAGUGAUUACAGCAUCGAGUCUUCUUGGGUAUGGCGCUACAAGCUUGACACUUGCAUUUGGGGAGUUUCUCCCGUUCUGUCAUGUUGGAUGGGGAGCGUUGCUGAACAGUUAUUUUCAGGUCUCUCCAGAGAUGUUAGAUCGGGAUCAAAUCCGGGCUCUGGAUGGGCCACUCAAGGACAUUCAGACACUUGUCCCAAAGCCACCCCUGUGUUGUUUUGGCUGUGUGCUUAGUGUCGUUGUCCUGUUGGAAGGUGAACCGUCGCCCCCAGUCUGAGGUCCUGAGAGCUCUGGAGCAGGUUUUCAUUAAGGAUCUCUCUACUUUGCUCCGUUCAUCUUUCCCUUGAUCCUGACUAGUCUCCCAGUCCCUGCCACUGAAAAACAUCACCACAUUAUGAUGCUGCCACCACUGUGCUUCAGCGUAGGGAUGAUGCCAGGUUUCCUCCAGAUGUGUCGCUUGGCAUUCAGGCAAAAUAGUUCAAUUUUGGUUUCAUCAGACCAGACCAGAGGAUCCAAGCGGGCUGUCAUGUGCCUUUUUAAGGAGUGGCUUUUGUCUGGUUCUUGGUCACCUCCCUGACCAAGGCCCUUCUCUCCUGAUUGCUCAGUUUGGCUGGGCAGCCACCUCUAGGAAGACUAUUAGUGGUUCCCAAAUUCUUCCAUUUAAGAAUGAUGGAGUCCACUGUGUUCUUGGGGACCUUCAAUGCUGCAGACAUUUGUUGAUACCCUUCCCCAGAUCUGUGCCUCGACACAAUCCUGUUUCUGAGCUCUACGGACAAUUCCUUCGACUUCAUGGCUUGGUUUUUGCUCUGACAUGCACUGUCACCUGUGGGACCUUAUAUAGACAGGUGUGUGCCUUUCCAAUCAAUUUCAUUUACCACAGGUGGAAACAUCUCAAGGAUGGUCAAUGGAAACAGGAUGCACUUGAGCUCAAUUUCGAGUCUCAUAGCAAAGGGUCUGAAUAAGGUAUUUCUUUUUUAAUUUGCAAAAAAAAUCCCCAAAAUCUGUUUUCUCUUUGUCAUUACGGGGUAUUGUGUGUAGAUUGAUGAGGAAAACAUUUUAUUUAAUACAUUUUAGAUUUAAGGCUGUAACGUAACAAAAUGUGGAAAAGUCAAGGGGUCUGAAUACUUUCUGAAUGCACUGUAAAUGCGUAUUUAUAUAUUGAGUCUGAUUUUUGUAAGCUAACCUUUUGAAGCCUCUCUGGGAAGGACGACAAUGUUGUAUAUGUGUGUGUGUGCGCAUGCACUUCAUGAAUAGAGGUAACCGUCUAUUGACUGUUUGCACACAUGUUGUGUGUCCUGCUUAGCGCUAGGAUUAUGGCUUCAUGAGCCUGCAGCUUGUGCCCUAGACUAAUUUACAGAGAGAGUGAGCCACCAAAUGUCCCUCUGCCCAGUCUGUAGUCUGAGAGAGGAGAGCCCUGCUGGCCCCAAAUGGCGCUCUAUUCUCUACAUAUUGCACUCCUUUUGAUCAGACUGCAUAGGGCAGUGGUUCUCAAACGUCUGGGGGUCCCCGAAAAGAGAUCUCACAAAUGUGUUGUAGCCCUGAACUAGCUCACCUGAUUGACAAAGUCAAGGGCUUGAUGGUUAGUUGACAAGUUGAGUCAGGUGUGCUAGGUGUGAAAUAGAUCAAAUGCAUAGAAUGGCUGGGGGUCCCUGCGGAUAGGUUCGGGAACCGCUACCAUAGAUGGGGCUAUGGUCAAAAGUAGUACACUACAUAGGAAUGACACAAUGGAGCCCAGGGCCCAUAGCAUUUGGGACUCAAGCCUCUGUAUGCUCCGUUAAACACUACACACUUUAACCCUGCCUUUUAAUAAUUACAAUAGAUUAUUUCCACAUUUGGAAUAUCCAACAGGAAGGCUUAUCCAGGAAUAGAAGUGGAAUUCCCCCCGCUCACUCUCUUCCCUUUACACCUGGGCUGUGUCUCAGUAGUCUAAACAGCCUUCCUCGCCUCGUCUCCUUGCCCUCAUCUGCACUUAUCUGAAAGAAUUGAACAUUUACUGAAAUGAAAGUCCAAUCGGCUCAAUGAUAGAUUGGGCUUCUUUGACAACUUUGCUUUUACUUAUCAACUGUCUUAAGUAGGGAAGGUUGGUAGGCCUACUACUUUACACUAUUGAGACGCAGCCCCCACAGUGCAAAACCCUCUCCCGUAGAGAUGUCGAGAAGGGAGAGGUUAAGGUCACACGUGCCUUCAAACUGGAGCUCUGCUAUUCGUCUGGGUCGCGUUCAGUCCUUUGACGUGCAUCCACCUACCCAGGUGGCGUGCAACUUUACAGGACCUUCAGAUAAGAAUUUAUUGAACAGACAUGCAACUUUGUCCUGAAGAAUAGGGAAUCGUUGUCGGCUAUAUAGAACGUGGCACCCUCCUGAACGCGACCCUUGUCAACAGUGACAGUGUCUGCCUUCUGGACUUCUCUCGUUCAGGCGUGAUUGCCAUUUCCAAAGCUACAGGUAAUUUUGAUUCUGUGAUUGACUAAAGAGAGGGGUGGGGUGUAUGUCAAUGACGUAUUAAUGAAUAGCUGGGCUGAAAUGUUAACUGAUUUUGUACACGUUUUGUUUUAACGUUUCCUCCCAACAUUAUUAUUUAUGAAUUGUGAACCUCUCAGCAUAGAAAUGUGAGGGGCAGAAUGUUUGUGUUUUGAUGAUAAAAUGAGAUUACAUUGUUUAACAGUGACUGUACCGGCAGUCUUCAGCUAUCCUCCGAUGCCUUACCUAAUGUACAAUAUUGUUACUGUACAACACAGAGGGGAUAGCCUAGCAGGUUUGUCUCCGAUGUUUUACAAGUAAUAAAAAAGCAUUGAGACUCAACAUUGA